ACAACUCUACAUAUAGACCAUAAAUCAGAGAUUUAAGCACUUCAAACCUUGAGCUCCCUCCUCUCUCUCUCUCUCUCUCUUUGUCUUCAAAAUAUUCUCAGAAAACAAUGGAAGAAACAGCACUGACAAAAGAUCAGAUCACUGAGUUCAAAGAAGCCUUUUGUCUCUUCGACAAAGACGGCGACGGUUCUCUUCCUUUCUCUAGAUGGUCAUAUAUAGAAUAAAGAUAAUAAAGACGACGACUAAUAUUAUGUUGUGUGACAUUUAUUUAUGGUUGUUUGGAAUCCUUUAAUAGGUUGUAUAACGGUGGAAGAACUUGCAACAGUGAUCCGUUCGUUGGAUCAGAAUCCGACAGAACAAGAACUUCAUGAUAUCAUCACUGAGAUUGAUUCUGAUAGCAACGGCACCAUUGAAUUUGCUGAGUUUCUCAACCUCAUGGCCAAAAAACUUCAGGAAAGUGAUGCGGAGGAAGAGCUGAAAGAAGCAUUCAAAGUCUUUGACAAAGACCAAAAUGGAUACAUCUCUGCCAGUGAGUUGAGUCAUGUAAUGAUAAAUCUAGGAGAAAAGCUAACAGAUGAAGAAGUUGAACAAAUGAUAAAGGAGGCAGAUUUGGAUGGUGAUGGCCAAGUCAAUUAUGAUGAAUUUGUCAAGAUGAUGAUCAACAUUGACUGAUUACUUUUUCUAAAUCUAUUUAUUAUAUAAGCCAAUGAUCCUUAAUUACCUUGUUAGUUGUUACUACUUCGUGUUCACACCAUCUCAACAAAUUCUCCAUUAUUCCACAUUCAUUGAAAUUUUCAGAUCCAGUUUUGUUUUAUCACUUGUGAAGCUGUCAAAUCCAAUAUAAUCUCUAUAUUAUAGCUUUCUCUAUAUGAUUUU